AUGUCAAACUCAACCAGUGAUUUUACAAUAGCUUUAAUUGAUAAUAUAUCUUCACAGCUUAAUCAUUAUAUAACAUUAUUUGUUUUUAUAUUUGGUAUCAUUGGAAAUUUAUUAAAUAUUAUCGUACUUUCACAACCAAUCUUACGUCGUAAUCCAUGUGUUUUUUAUUUUCUUGGUUCAUCUGCAGCUAGUCUUGGAAUUAUUCUUAUUGGCCUUCCAUCACGUAUGAUUGCUGGAAACGUAUCAUCAGAUCCAACAAAUACUAGUUCUUACUUUUGUAAAUUACGUAUUUUUCUUCUUUAUUCAUUUCGAACAACAUCUACUUGGUUAUUAGUAUUUGCUACUAUAGAUAGAUGGUUUUUAAGCAGUACUAAAAUUCAUAGACGUCGUUUAAGUUCACAUAAAAUUGCUUAUUAUAAUAUUAUUAUUAUUUGUUGUUUAUCAUUUAUUCUUUGGAUUGAAGCAAUUUUCUGUUAUGAUGCUGAUAUUGAUCAAGCACCUAUUAGAUGUUAUGGAAAAUCGAAUAGUUGUCGAAUAUUUAAUGAUAUUGUAUACGCAAGUUCAACGGUUGCUAUACCAUCAUCGCUUAUGUUAAUAUUUGGACUUUUAACUAUUCGUAAUAUUAAUCGAUCACGUCGAACAUCUCGCGUAUUUUUCAGUCCUAUUUCAAGUGUUGGUCAAGGUAGUAGUAAAAGACGAAGAAGAAUUCGACGCACAGAAGUUUCUCUUACUUGUAUGUUACUUCUACAAGUCAUUUCAUUAACACUUUGUUCAGUACCACAAGCAAUACAUCAAUUCUAUUUAACUUUUACAAUUGAUAUGGAUAAAAAUCCAUUACAUAAAGCUAUUGAAAAUUUUAUUGUUAAUUUUAAUUUUUCACUUACAUAUGUUGGAAAUGCAAUUCCUUUUUAUAUUUAUACACUUAAUAGUACUGCAUUUCGUCAAACAUUUAUUCGUCUUAUUCAUUCAACCAUUCGACAAUUGAAAAUAUAUUCAUCUUCAAUUUUGACUCGAUUGAUUGUCUGUCUUUUCAUCAUUUCUUGCCAAAGAUAA